UGGUUGGGAUGAAGAUCUGCGGAGAGUCCACACCUGUGGAGUGCUGGAGCCACCUAUUUCCACAGGCGUUUUACCAUCGGCCACACCCGAAGUGGCUGUGAUUGAAGCAUCGUUGUGUCUGGCCGGGGAAACAAGACUGGAAGUGAAAGACGUCUCUUGGACCUCCAGGUGGGACUACCUUCUCGCCUCUUUCCCCUCUCACACCAACAUCCAAUGGCUCUCCAUCGUCAACUCCCUCAUUGUGGUCAUCUUUCUCACCGGUCUGGUUGCUCUGGUUCUGGUGCGCACGCUCUACCGUGAUGUUUCGCGCUACAACAAGCUGGACUCAACGGUGCGUCGUCACUCCCUCUUCCAGUCGUUGCGAUCAUUAUCAUUGCCCUAUUGUUAUUAUUCUGGUUUUUUUGCCUUCUGCUUUUUAAUCUGA